GCUUUUCCACGGCUCGUAGCAGUUUUCCACACACACAAAGAUGUUCCUGCCCGCGGUGCAUUUGUUAUUCUUUGGCCUGACAGCCACGUGGGCUUUUCAAUGGCAGGACGAUUGGCCCCACAGGAACUUGACCUGGUACCAGAGGCAAUAUUACCAAAGCAGAUGGUAUCAGAGACUCCGGUUUACCACAACCCCCAGACCAGGAGCCACUCCCGAACCCUCGGAGGCCCGUAUGGUGUAUCCUUGCUAUUGCUUCAAGCCUAAAGUGGACGGCAUGGUUGAACCCUUUGAAAAAAGGAUGAUAGAGCCCAAGGAACUAUUCUUUCUAAAUUAAAUUAUAGUGCAAAAUGAUCAUCAAAUGUCUCUAAAAUUUAAAUUAAGUUAAUUUAUGGUUUAUAGAGCAAUUACAAUUGUGUUGGAUAAUUCGUUAAGCGAUCUUAUAUUUUAAAACAAUAAAUAAAGCUAGUGUCAAGAAUAUAUAUUA